AACAUGGCGAGUGUCAGCAUACAUGGCGCUGGCAGCGGGCGGCAGUGGAGGCGCUGCCAGCUACGAUGGGCACCAACGAGAGUGGGACCGUGGCAGGAUGGUGGAGCAGCAACACUUAACAUAUUUGACUUAUUUUGAUGGAACUGGUUUCUUCCCUAAGUUUUAUAUUGAAACCAAGGACAGCUGUGGUGUGUUGAAAGCACAGGAGCCAUGCAAUGGGAAGGCCUGGGGUUUAAAUUCGAGUUCAUCACAGAUCACCUACAUGAUCAGCCAGAGUUUCUGGGAGUGCAGCUGGCGUUUCCAUUGCUGUGGAUGAAACAUGGCCACGCUGUUUGACAUUUCUCCCAUCAAGAGGUGGGGUCUGCUUCUUUCACCCUUGAAAUUGGCCCAUGGCGACUCUGAAGAUUGAAGUGAUACUUUGUCAGAUCCAGGCCUAACCUUGGCUCGGAACCCUGGACCUCAUGGGGAGACUCUAAAACUACAUGGAGAGGGAGAAGAGCCCAGCCAAGCCAGCUUGAUAGUCUCCCCUCUAAUUUUCCAGACACGACUUGGACUCUCCACGUGAGACCAGGUACCAGCUGAAAACCACAUGAGGGUGGCUUCAAUCACUUGGAGCAGAAGAACCACCCAGCUGUGCCCUGCCAGAAUUCCUGAUCCACAACAUCAUAAAAUGGUGUUGCUUUAAGCCUCUCUAAGUUUGGUGAUCCAGAUAACAAGAAUAUGCAGAUGUAACAAAUUCUCCAGGUUAUUCUUGUGUGCCCUAGAAUUUGAGUCAGUGUUGUAAAGGGAGCUGACAUUUAAUGAGUCAAGUUUUUUAUUAAAGAGUAGAACAUAUAAACUCAUUUUCUACCUUGUCUGCAUAUCCUAAGAGAAGGGAGAUACGGUAAAAUAAAAUUUCAUCACUUACAUUGUUGAACUCAUUUUGUUUCUUGGACAAUAGGCCAGUUCUGUUUCUGGCACAAACAAGAGAGGGCCUCCAGCUCUCCUGAACUUUUCUAGACAAUCCAGCGCCACAGACAGUGUUAAUGAACAGUGUGACCUCAACGGAGUGAAGUUCAGCUCUGGAUUUAAAACGUAGUGAGUCCUGACAACAUUUGGUUUGGACGUAUUUUCUUCCACUAUGCUUCCAGGCCCAAACUGAGAAGAUUUUCUGUUUCUUUUUUCGUUUGUCUCAUGGGAGUAUAUUUUAAGACCGAAGCCUGUGGGUUUCUUUCAGGUUUCAUAAUGAAACCUUUAGGCUUGUAAGUCACAUGACCGACCACUGCUUUGCCAUAGUUUUGGACGAAAACCACAGGACCCUACAAACCCCACUGGGAUUGGUGGUUUUUGUUUUUGUUUCUCAACAAAGCAGUUGGGGCAAGUCUGAGAAAUUUUUUGCAGACUCAGCAGAGAUUGGUGUGAAACUCAGCAUCUCCUUUGGAUGCUUCAGCUCAGCGUCAGUGGGUUUGGACAAGCCCUGUGCUUAAAAAUGGAACUCUGAAAGCAUAAAACCACACAAGCCAGAAAUACUUUCCAAAACGAGUUGAACCAAGCUGAAGCUGCUGGCAUUCGCGCCCUCUCUGUGCAGACAAGUAGAUGUGCCCCUUCCAAUUCGAUGCCCCACCGGCCUUCAGCUCACUGGGUCUGCUGUGUCACAUGCUGGGCAGAGCUGUCUCUGAGAACAGAACUCUGGCCUCUUCUGAUGCUCUUCAGAGGUGGCCCUGUGUUUCCACAAACUCAAUAAUUCAAAGUCUGGCAAGGAAUCGAUCUCACCAUUUAUUUUAUUUCGUUCAUCUGAAAAACAAAACAUCCACAUGGUGGCAUCACUUGAGGACAGCUGACAAAUAAAUACCAUCCUUGAAGCCUGCGGCUCCCAAGCAGCCAGGGCCAUAGUAAGGCUGCAUCAACAUUGUUCCAAGUGCUGGUUAAAAUACAGAUUCCCAGGCAGCCCUCCGAGCCAGAGUUUCUGGGUGGGAGCCCAGGAAUCUUUAUUUUAAUGAGCUGCUCAGACGACUGUCUACCUCCAAGUUUAGGAAGCACUUCUGUGUUUAAAAAAUAUGACACUUCUGCUUCUGGCCCAGAUGGAGUAGCAGGGAUCAGAGCUCUCCUCCUGCCUGAAACAACUGGAAAGCGGGCCAGGUUUACAAAGGAAUGGACUUCGGCAGCAGAGGGUGUGACCGCCGAGAAGGGGACCAGUGAAUUUUUAGAUGCCAGAAAGGGGGAGUCGGGCAACACUUGGGAUGUGUUUAUAAAAUAUGUUUAUAAAAAGAGGUUACCAGAGGGGAUUUUGUUUUACUCUACAAAGGACUGUCACUCACUGCCUAGGGGAGUCAUCCACAGUGAGGGCCCGCUGAGCGGCCCAAGGUCCUUCCUUCCAGUGGGGUAUUCGGCAGCAGGGUCCUCCUGUGCAGCUGCAGACUGAGUGAGGCCAAGGCAAGGACAGGUUUACAGCGUGCUCUGGUUUGUGUUUUUAACUAGAGAUAUUUACAUACUACAACACGCAGGCUCUUUCUGUAGGAACCAUGAGAAAGUGGAAUGCUGGUUGUGUCUGCAGCACUGGGCUGGCAAGCUGGGAAGGAGAUUCGUUUCACUGGACACUUUUUGCACUGUUCACAUAUCUUACAACGUUCACGUAGUUUGCUUUCAAUAAAAAAAGCUAGUUAAAAAAUAAAAAAAUCAAGAUAAAUGUUUUCUCUUAAGGAUUUCUUUAAAUAUUUAAUCAAAUUUUAUUGGAUUUCUACAUACUACCUAUCAUAUAACUUUAGAAAACAUCGACCAUUAACCAUUAAAGUAACAGUUAUAAUGUGUGCCUAUGCGAUAAUUCUAUGUCAUUCAGAAUUUAUCUUUUACUCAUCUGGCAUAUAAUACAACAGAUUGCAUCA